CAUCUGUGCACGCAUCGAGGAACAACUCCCUCCCCACUCGUCCUCGACGUCGACCCUGGACGCACGCGAGCCCCGGCCCCACUUCGUGAUCCGCGAGGCUGACAUCCAGGAGCAGGCAGAGAACACGCUUUCACUCGGAACUGUCGCAUCUUUCUCUGAUGCUGAACGUUUUGUUCAAGCAAUCGCCGACGGGUCUGCACAUCUUUCCCCGCAUAUGAUUACGCGUAUGCAUGUCCUUUGGCGGCAGGACCGACCCGCGGGCGCGGAGGCGCAUGUCAUCUUUGUGAUUGCGCACUGUAUCACCGAUAGUGCCUCCACGAGCACCGUGCUGCGAGUGUUCUUUGAUACCCUUGCGUCGAAGGAAGACUUCCUGCACGCGCCAAUCGAGGAGAGGCUCGAGAUGUAUCGUCCGCUGGAGCAGACGCUGAGAUAUCCAGCGGGACUGAGUCAGGCGGGACGCAGGUGGAGAAGGGCGAUAGGAUGGGCGCUGCAUUCUGUGAGGAGGAGAGGGUGGACGGGAGGUCACACUCUGCCCCGGAACCUGACCACACACUCAAUCUCAACGCCAGCUCGUUCCCGCCUGUUGGUCCACACCUUCACGCGAACCGAGUCAUCUCGCUUCUUAGCGAGCUGCCGACGAGCGGGCACGACGUUUAACUCGGCAUGUUUUGUACUCGAGCAAGUCGCACUCGCCCGCGUCUUGGCUCGCCGUUUCUUGUCUGGUGCAAUGUCGCCUGAAGAAUGGGCGUGGAGAGCAAAGGAACCCAUGUUCAUCUUCGGCCCGCUCAACCUGCGUCCAUAUCUCGAGUUCGGCGGGGCUGGGUACGAGGGCGGGGGCGCGGGUGACGUCGGCUUCAACAUCAGCUGGUACAGCCAUGUCAUGCCGCACAUGCCGCUCGGGGUGCUCGCGGGCGUGGAGACACCCAGCCAAUACAGUGGUCCGCUGUUCAGGGGCGCGCCGCCACCAGUCGCGCUAUUGAGCAAGGAACGGUUCUUUCACCGCUCUACGCUGCUGGGACAGCAAGUGGAGAAGUUGUUCGGACAUCAUAGGUUUGUAGAUAUCGUCUGUGCAGGUCACAAAGAGCCAGCAGAUGUAUCGAGGAUGCAGGCAGAACAGUGGAUACGUAACGAGCGGCAGAUCAGGAAUGACGAUGAGAGGCCUAGAACGGUAAGGCCUGACGACGUCCCACAAGGACAAGUCGUGCUUUCGAUUGCAGGCUCUAGUCUGGGCGAUAUGGACCUCCAGAUUCCCCGCGCGUACCCUCUUCCUUCUACCCAUCCGCUAUCACCCCGUUCUCGUAUAUCACACCCGGUGCGCGCUGGAUACUCGACAUCACCUUCACCGCCAUCCAACGAACAUAACGACACCGAGCCGAGCCUGAUUGUUGACUAUUGGCGCACCCACCUGCACGCUCGUCCCGUCGAACUCUAUAUCGGCUCGGUGAUGCGUCACGAGCGGAUAGAGCUCUUCGUGUUCUAUGACGAAAACGUGUACGAGGCAGGGGUCGUCCAAGAGUGGCUGGACGAAGUCGUACUUACGACUCAAUCUUACUUGGGCGCCGAAAGAGGGGUGCGAGAAGUAGAAAGCAAGAUGACGCAAAGUAGGUUGUAAGCUUGAAUAUUGUAUUACGGUGUAUCCACGACCAUCAAUGAAUGUCACACAGAUGCUUGAAGGACAAUCAAGCACUCCAUUCAAAACGCUGGCGUUUUGGUUUCCUGAGAGUCCAGCGCGACCCUGGCUUCAUCAAGCUCGUGAGUAUUCCCAGCGUCGUCCACGUGCGACCGCAUCCCCAUUGGCACCCCGACGCUUCGGCGGUCUGUAAUUGACAGUUACCGGACCACGCGAGUUGACACACCAUCCAAAGUCGGGGACUGC